AUGGAUAUCGAUCGCCGAAGAAGCAAUCAUAGCUCACCACAGAAUGACGACGAAGUGGCCGAGGACGAGUAUGAAGAUGCCAAUUUUGGAGCGCCACGUUUCGUGAUUCCGCGACGGAACCUGGCGGCGGUCGAAUUACCGGCGAAUGUUCAGAAUGUCGACCGUGCUAUCCAGGCGUUUGGGCGACGACCAGACUUGUCUAAUACACACUCCGUGCCUCUGUACCUGAAUCCAGAGAGCGCCCUCUGCCGACCUGUCAUGUCACAUAAUGCCAGGACCCAUAAUGUUGUCCUCAAACUCAGGGUCCCCAGGCGAACGGGCAGGAAAAGGAAGAGAGGGUCCGAUGGGCCUUGGGAAGGCCAAACAAUCGAAUCGGAAACCGCAGGGAAUGAGGAAGUCUGUUCGAAAGCGCGCCUAGACGAACCCAACGUACUGAGGCGCAAACUGGUUGACAACCUCGAAAGCUACAGCAUCGAGGCAGUGGGGAUGGUGAAGCAUGCUCAUCGGUUCAGAAGCCUAGCGGACUUCCAGUGGAACGUUGCGAAGCGGUCUGAUUUCGCCAGGCGAUACGUUGAACAAGUGUAUCCGGGAGACGUCGAGGACAUGAAGAAGUUCGAAUUCAAGCCCGGCGCUGAUCAACCUCCCAACGUUGACGUUCUUCCGCCACCGAGCUUCACGCACUUGGGCAUCCCUUUCAACUAUUUCUACGCGCAGAACCCGUACGUACGCAUGACGGAGGAUGGACAGACAUUCAACGCGACGGCUGUCAAGCACAUUGGUCAUUUCAUCGGCGCUGAGGCGCCGGCUCCCACAGGCCCCCGUCACCCUCCUGACAUGACGGAUGCUAGGACGGUCAUGGUUCUAGCCGAGCUAGAAGCAGCCUUUGCGGAGCGAGCUAUCUGGACUCGUAGAUCGCUGAUGAACCACCUCGGGGACAAACUGCGAGGCUGGAACGAGCUCAAGGUCUACCUCAACUACGUCGCCUAUCAGUUCAAGGGUGGUCCCUGGAGGGACAGCGUUGUGCCUUAUGGCAUAGAUCCGAGGACCGACCCGAAGUACAGAGAAUACCAAACUGUCAUGUUCAAACUCUUGCCCCAGCACAAGCAGGUGUAUCAUCAUGAGGCGUGGUAUUCCACCAGGGGGAAGCAAGGUGCCACAAACAAUACCUUCAAGCCCGAUCUUUCCAAAAGCCACAUAUUUGACGGAGAGACGUACCACUUGGAUGGCAAGGUCUGGCAGGUCUGCGACAUCACUGACCCCAUUAUCAGGGAGGUGCUGGAUCACGCUCCCAUUCGUGAGCCUCGGGAUGAAGACAGUGGCUUCUACCAGGGGGGCGCCUGGGCAAAAGUCAAAGCCAUCAUGAAGACAAGGUUGAUAGCAAUCCGCUUCGACCGCACAUUGACCAGGCAACACUUCGCGGCAACGUUGGACACGGGCGACGCUACGCCUACGAGAGCAGUGCAGGGAACUGCUUCGAUUCCGUUGCCCCAUCUAGACCUGACCCACGACGAGCUCGUGGAGCUGAGGGGCUCAGUGUCAACCUCGAACAAGAAGUCCAGGCAUGCUGGCUAUUCGACCAAGGUCAAGGUCUCCCAGAAACCCCAUGACUCUGAUACGGGGGGCGGGACGACGGCGCCAGGAGCGUACACGGAGCUUGGAGAACCCGAUGAAGACGACGACGAAGCAGAAGCAGACCUGAACAUGGACGUGGAUGAAGAAGAGGAUGAUGAUGCAGAUUACGAAGACGAAGCUGCGAACGGUACUUUCGACUUUAUGGGAUACUUGCCUGGGAACACCGAUAAUGAGGACGAAGCGAACGAGGCGGACGAAGAGGAGAAUGACCAAGGCCACCUUGAGGCCCACGCACAACAUGACACCGACCAUGCGAGACGAAACACAUAUACUGUCGAUGUUCCGAGAUUUGGGGAGCAGGAGAGAAGCUACGAGUAUCCGGAAGUCCCAAUGUAA